AUGCCGAUCAUAGGCAAUUUACAUCAAAUGGAUGCAGAAAGGGCCUGGCUGACCUACACGGAUUGGAAAGAGAAGUACGGAGACGUCGUAUAUUGUAGCAUUCUUGGGCAAGACGCCAUCAUCCUAAAUACUGAGAAGGCAGCAGAGGACCUGCUUAACCACCGGUCUAGCAACUACUCGGACCGAUUGGACCUGCCUGCCAUUAUUGGCCCGUACGGGCUCACAAUCGACACGAUCGUACUCAACCAUACAGAUACCUGGCGUGCCCAUCGACGUGUUUUUCACCAAACACUACGGUCCGAGGCUGCCACUGCAUACAGGCCCAUGCAACUUCGCAGGACCGCUGAGCUGGUCGAGAGGAUAACCAAUUCUCCAGAGGCGUGGUGGGAUCACAUUAGAAGGUUCUCAGCGUCCGUCAUCUUGAGCGCUAUAUACGACCACGACCUCAGUGACAGUACUGAGGAUGACUCUACUCUACAGACCGUUCUCACAGCGCUCGAACUAUUGGUGCGGAUUUUCUCUCCAAGUACUGCGAUGCUGAUAACUAAGAUGCCAAUUGUAAGGUCGAUCCCGACUUGGCUCCCCGGUGGCUGGGUCAAUGCUAAACAAGGUCAAAAGGUCGUCGGAGACAUGUUCGACGUGCCGUACAACCUAUUUCGGGCAAAGCUGGAAACUGGAGAAGCUGGAAAGUGCGUAGCGUCGGAUGCGUUGGCAAUGUCCCGUGACACAUACAAAAUGGACAAUUUUGACGACGUCGUCAAAGGUGUCUGCGGUACAGCAUACGCAGCCGGGGAAGAAACGACUGGGGCAACGCUCAUCAUCUUCAUCCUGGCUAUGGUUCUACAUCCCGAGGUACAGGCGCGUGCUCAAUCGGAGAUAGACGAGGUUGUUGGUACAGACCGUCUUCCCGACCUUGAUGACAAGGGUUCACUACCAUAUGUCGAAGCCAUAUAUCGCGAGACGCUGAGAUGGAAGCCCGUCGUCCCUACAGCCAUUCAACAUGCAACAACGGAGGAAGAUGUGUAUAAUGGAUACUAUAUUCCCAAAAAGGCGCUGGUAAUCCCCAAUGUUUGGGCUAUGACGCAAAACCCCGACAAGUAUCCGUCUCCCGCAUCGUUUAACCCCUCGCGCUUCCUUGAUGCGGAGGGUAAUCUUAGCGGCGAUGAGCCUAGCUACGUGUUUGGUUUUGGGCGCCGUAUCUGCCCUGGGCGGCACCUUGCAAAAGAUUCGGUUUGGUUGGCGAUGGUUCGCAUUCUAUCUAUGUUCCGCAUCGAGAAGACUACGGAUGCUGCCGGAAGGAUGGUUGAGCCGAACCCCGAGUGGACUACCGGAAUAACAUCGUAUCCCAAGGCAUUCCCAUGUAAAGUCGUCCCGAGAUGCGAAGAAGUGUUGAAGUAGGAACAAAACAUCGCACAGAUACGCGAAGG